ACUGAGUUGCGACACUGUAGGUUUCCAUCCGGGAAAAGUAACCAAACGGCCCGUGGACCAGCAACAUGGCGUGGUCCGGUAAUAAGGCAGCUGUUGUGCUGUGUAUGGACGUGGGGGCUGCCAUGGGUAACUCCUUUCCUGGUGAGGAAUCCCCGUUUGAACAAGCAAAGAAAGUGAUGACCAUGUUUGUCCAACGACAGGUAUUUUCCGAGAGCAAGGAUGAGAUUGCUUUAGUCCUCUUUGGUACAGACAACACUGAUAAUGCCCUUGCUGGUGAGGACCAGUACCAGAACAUCUCAGUGCACAGACACCUGAUGCUACCAGAUUUUGAUUUGCUGGAAGACAUUGAAAGCAAAAUCCAACCAGGCUCUCGCCAAGCUGACUUCCUGGACGCCCUGAUCGUGUGCAUGGAUCUGAUUCAGCGGGAAAGCAUAGGGAAGAAGUUUGGGAAGAAGCACAUUGAAGUGUUCACUGACCUCAGCAGCCCGUUCAGCCAAGAUCAACUCGAUGUCAUCAUUUGUAACUUGAAGAAAUCUGGCAUCUCCCUGCAGUUCUUUCUGCCUUUUCCCAUCUGCAAGAGUGGUGAGGCUGGGAGCAGAGGAGAUGGUGACCUGGGCUUGGACCACUGUGGACCGUCCUUUCCUCAGAAAGGGAUUACUAAGCAGCAAGAGGAAGGCAUCCGCAUGGUGCAAAGGGUGAUGGUGUCUCUAGAAGGUGAAGAUGGGCUGGAUGAGAUCUAUUCCUUCAGUGAGAGUCUACGGCAGCUGUCGGUCUUUAAGAAGAUUGAGAGGCGCUCCAUGCCCUGGCCCUGCCAGCUGACCAUCGGCUCCAAUUUGUCUAUAAAGAUUGUAGCCUAUAAAUGGAUCGUACAGGAGAAGAUUAAAAAGAGCUGGACAGUUGUGGAUGCAAGAACCCUAAAGAAGGAAGAUGUACAGAAAGAAACUGUUUAUUGCUUAAAUGACGACGACGAAACCGAAGUUUCCAAAGAGGACACUAUUCAAGGGUUCCGCUACGGAAGCGAUAUAAUUCCUUUUUCUAAAGUGGAUGAGGAACAAAUGAAAUAUAAAUCGGAGGGGAAGUGCUUCUCUGUUUUGGGAUUUUGUAGAUCUUCUCAGGUCCCUAGAAGAUUCUUUAUGGGAUAUCAAGUUCUAAAGGUCUUUGCAACAAAAGAUGAUAAGGUGGCGGCUGUAACCCUUUCUUCCCUUAUUCAUGCUUUGGAUGAAUUAAACAUGGUCGCCAUCGUUCGAUAUGCUUACGACAAAAGAGCGAAUCCUCAAGUUGGUGUAGCUUUUCCUUGUAUUAAAGACGCCUAUGAGUGUUUAGUUUAUGUGCAGCUGCCUUUCAUGGAAGACUUGCGGCAAUACAUGUUUUCAUCACUUAGAAACAAUAAGAAGUGCACUCCCACAGAGGCACAGCUGAAUGCUGUUGGCGAUCUGAUUGAUGCUAUGAGCUUGGUAAGGAAGAGUGAGGAAGAAGACACCGUUGAAGACUUGUUUCCAGUCUCCAAGAUUCCAAAUCCCGAAUUUCAGAGACUGUUCCAGUGUCUGCUGCACCGGGCCUUACACCCCCAGGACCGUCUGCCCCCAAUUCAGCCGCACAUUUUGAGUAUGCUCAAUCCCCCCACUGAGAUGAAAGCCAAGUGUGAGAUUCCUCUUUCUAAAGUAAAGACCCUUUUCCCUCUGACGGAAGCCAUCAAGAAAAAGGAUCAAGUGACUGCUCAGGACAUUUUCCAAGACAAUCAAGAAGAGGGGCCUGCCGCUAAAAAAUGUAAGACUGAGAAAGAAGAAACUCACAUCAGUAUUUCCAGCCUGGCUGAAGGGAAUGUCACCAAGGUUGGAAGUGUGAAUCCUGUUGAAAACUUCCGUGCUCUAGUGAGACAGAAGAUUAUCAGCUUUGAGGAAGCGAGCCUCCAGCUAAUAAGUCACAUUGAGCAGUUUGUGGAUACCAACGAAAUACUGUAUUUUCUGAAGAGUAUGGAGUGCAUCAAAGCUUUCCGGGAGGAGGCCGUGCAGUUUUCAGAAGAGCAGCGCUUCAAUAGUUUCCUGAAAGACCUUCGAGAGAAAGUAGAAAUUAAACAAUUAAAUCAUUUCUGGGAAAUUGUUGUUCAGGAUGGAGUUACUUUGAUCACCAAGGAUGAAAGCCCUGGAAGCUCUGUCACAGCUGAGGAGGCCACAGAGUUUCUAGCCCCCAAAGGCAAAGCCAAGGAAGAUGCAGCAGGACUUGAAGAAGGUGGCGAUGUGGAUGAUUUACUGGACAUGAUAUAGACCAUGAUGUCAGGAAUCCAAGAGUGCCAUCUCCAUGUUGUUGAGAGCUCUCACAGAGGAUCCUGGAAGCCAUUUGGGGACUUGAAGCUCUGGCGAUCAUCCCAGAAGACAGCUUGGGAGUGACUCACCCCCAAAUCUCUACAGAGUGACCACAUAUACAUAUAUUACAAGGAAUAACUUAGACCCUAUCCAAAUUUAUAAAGAGUCAUUGUUUUUUGAUUGGCAUAUUA